AUGGACAAUAGUUGUCGUACUCCUGGUGGAAGACCAACUUCGAAGGUAAGAUUUUUUACAUUGUAAAAUAAGAAUGUAAACUUUGGUGAAAACGAUUUUUGGAAAAUGUACUUUAGAUAGGUAACAUAUCUAAUAAAAAAAAAGUUUUAUUUUCAGAGACCGAGAUGCUUUUUGGCAUCGGAUGAGAAUAUGGAGGCUACUCACAUCGAAACCACUUAUACUGACGAUUCUUUUGCUCAAUUGAUGGGUGAAGUAAAUGAAAAUAGCAGUCUGGAACAAAUCAAAAACAAAACAGUUGAGGAGUCAUUUAAGCUGGUUGAUAAUUUGGUAAGUAUUACAUUAUUCUUCAGUUUUGUAUUUAGGUGUGGUUGAAGAUAUGGCUUUUGUAAUAUUUUAGAUAUAGUAGCCUUUUUUUACGGUUAAUGUAUAAGUUUAAAAAGAAGAAAGAAAAUUUAUAUUACUUUAACAUAAAAGUUUUUAUUUUCAUUUUGUUUAAUUAUAUGGCUUUAUCUUUUUAUAUUGUUUUAGAUCUGUCCCCAAGAUUCCUUUCAACUUUCUGUGUGCGACGAAAGUCGAGAAAACGUAGAACCAAACAAAUCUUUAUCAGAUUUCCAUCAUGAAUCUAUGGAUGACAAAGAGAACACCGAGGUGGUCUCUAAUACAAUGAAGGAAGUUAGUAUCACCGAAGAGUGCAGUACCAAGGAGGUCUCUGUUCUUAAAACUGAAGAAAGUAAAGUUGUCAACGAGGUGUCAGUGACCAGUCAUGUUUUGGAGAUAUCUGUGGAUAAGCCUGACUUAAAUGCUUCUUCAGCAGCCAAAAGUGAAGCAAAUGAGACACUCGAGAACAACCACGAUGUUACAGUACGCUCAGUAAGAAAUGAUCACGGUAAUGUUACCUUAGAAGUUGAGAAGUUCAAAUGCGGAGAGUUGGCAGAUACUCUGUAUGAGGUAUCUUGUAACAUAUCUACGAGAAAUGAAUACAAAGAAGAGUUGAGGAGGGUCAUCGACGAGAUGGACUUCAACAUCUUAGAGUAUUUCUCUUGUGCUAACGUUAAGAACGAUGUCAUCAAGACUAACUUGACAGAGUUGUUCAAGCUGGUUGUCAAGGCUGUUGAACAAGAUAAAUUGGUAGGUUAUGGAGUAGAUUUAUUGUUGUAAUUACUGUUUCGUCGCUUUCGUCAACGCACAAAAGUUUAGUUUUAAAUUUUUUCAAGGUUAUUGUUUUACACUUGUUGUAAUCUCUGUUACUUUACGUUUUAGCGUUGUUACCUGAUAUUUUAAACUAAUUUUACAAAAUAUUUAAGGAAAGCGUUAGUGCGUAUUACAAGCAGAAUCAAGAUGGGUACGAGUUCAUGCUGGAAGAGAACAAGAAGAAAAUAAAGGGUUUGGAAUGUCAGGUGAGAGACAUGUUGGACGAUCACAAGGAAGAUAUUGAGAAACUGAAGGCACAAGGUGAAAGGGACAUGGAAGAAUUGAAAGAAAGUGUUGAAGUUUUAAACAAAGCUCUGGAGGACGAGAAGAUCGUGGCCAAAGAGUUUGGGGAAACUGUCGACAAACUGAACGUUGAGCUUCAGAAGAAGGAUUCUGAGAUUAAGGAACUGAAGGAAACGGCUGAUGAUGUGAAGUUUGAGCUUCAGAAGCGGGACUUUGAUAUCAGGGAAUUGAAGAGUCAGAUAAUCGACAAGUCAGUGGUCGAUAACAUGGAAAGUGAAAACAAGAAUUUGAAGCAAGAACUUCAGAAGAAGAUACAAGAGGCGGAAGAGCUUCAUAAGAAGGUUCAAGAAGGUAACAAGCUUCAGCAGAAGGCAUCAACAGCUACUGAGUCUGGAAACGAUCAGAAGUUGAAGAAGAGACUGGCUUACGUAAGUUUUUUUUGCGGUAUUUGAAAUUUAUAGGUAGUCUUUUAUGUUUUAAUAAUAUAUCGUACUUUUAACUGUUUUUCUUUGCUUGGCUAUAAUAACAUCGCGAUCAAUCCUUUGCUAUCUGACGUGGUAUUUUAUUUUUCUAAACCUUGUCGUAUUAAAAACUUUGUGUCAACUUUUGAAGGAAAACUUGAACUUUUAAAAAUAUUUUUUGAUUAAAAAUGACGUAUAUUAUUGUAAGUACAUUUUCUGACCGACGGACACGUGUGGUGUUGCUAAACAUAGCGGACAUACUAAUCGUAUAGUGUGAGUGUUUUGGAGUAUACGUAAUAAUAUUAUGUUUUCAGAUGGAGAUGAAGAACAAGGAAGCGGCGACACAGUUAGCCGCUCUUGACAGUCUUCAUGCCGACAAUCUGAGUCUAAAAUACGAGCUGGGCCUGUUGAAACUAAAAGCGGGUGUAAUCACAUUGUCCGAAGCCAAGAAAUUGUGCGGGGAAGAUGUGGAAGCCCAGCUGAGGGAGUAUAUUAGUGGUCAAAGCCACAUCUAA